UUUACUAUAAACAGGUCUUGUGCUUUGUUUCAAUACAUCAAAGCCCUUAGCCAGGCACAGACAGAAACCACAUGUAACUUUAGGUCAAAAAGUGUAAAAUGUGGCACUUCUUAAACCAGCAUUACCGCUGCCCUGGGGUAACUCGAUCAGGCAAAGGUGCAGGCUCCUCUCCCUGCUGUGCUGAUGCCUGCUGCCGUCCUUCAGGUUUUAUCACGCUGUGAAUGAGUUUGACACCAUGACCGCUGAGGAUUCCACUGCAAGGAUGAGCAAUGAUUCCACUAAUGUGGCCACCACCAAAGUGCCCGAAGGUGUUGCUGGUGCGCCCAACGAGGCAGCUCUGCUGGCCCUCAUGGCCCGCACUGGAUACAGCAUGAUCCAGGAGAACGGGCAGCGCAAGUACGGAGGGCCUCCUCCCGGCUGGGAGGGCCUGCACCCUCCGCGGGGCUGUGAAGUCUUUGUGGGCAAAAUCCCCCGCGACGUCUACGAGGAUGAGCUCGUCCCCGUCUUCGAGUCUGUGGGCCGCAUCUACGAGAUGCGCCUGAUGAUGGACUUCGAUGGGAAGAACCGUGGCUACGCCUUCGUGAUGUACACCCAGAAGCACGAGGCGAAGCGCGCCGUCAGGGAGCUGAACAACUACGAAAUCCGCCCCGGCAGGCUGCUGGGUGUCUGCUGCAGCGUGGAUAACUGCCGGCUCUUCAUCGGAGGCAUUCCCAAGAUGAAGAAGAGAGAGGAGAUCCUGGAAGAGAUUUCCAAGGUGACAGAAGGCGUGCUGGAUGUCAUCGUGUAUGCCAGCGCUGCAGACAAGAUGAAGAACAGAGGCUUUGCCUUUGUGGAGUAUGAGAGCCAUCGAGCAGCAGCCAUGGCCAGGAGAAAACUCAUGCCAGGAAGGAUCCAGCUGUGGGGACAUCAAAUUGCUGUUGACUGGGCAGAACCAGAGAUAGAUGUGGAUGAAGAUGUCAUGGAGACUGUUAAAAUCUUAUAUGUGAGGAAUUUAAUGAUUGAGACCACAGAGGACACCAUUAAAAAGGUGUUCGGUCAGUUUAACCCUGGCUGUGUAGAGAGAGUGAAAAAAAUACGUGAUUAUGCCUUUGUGCACUUUACAACCAGGGAAGAUGCCAUUCAUGCCAUGAACAACCUUAAUGGUGUUGAACUAGAGGGCUCGUGCCUGGAGGUUACCUUGGCCAAGCCGGUAGACAAGGAGCAAUACACUCGCUACCAGAAAGCAGCAAAAGGAGGGGCUGCAGCAACCUCCGAAGCAACGCAGCAACCUAACUAUGUUUACUCUUGUGAUCCAUACACACUAGCAUACUAUGGAUAUCCAUACAAUGCCUUGAUCGGGCCCAACAGAGAUUACUUUGUGAAAGGCAGCAUACGAGGCAGAGGGCGAGGUGCAGCUGGCAACAGAGCUCCAGGUCCCAGGGGCUCCUACCUGGGGGGAUACUCCGCCGGCCGUGGAAUCUACAGCAGGUACCAUGAAGGCAAAGGAAAACAGCAAGAGAAAGGAUUUGAACUGGUUCCCAACUUGGAGUUGCCUGCAGUCAAUCCAGUGGCCAUUAAGCCUGGUGCAGUGGCCAUCCCUGCCAUUGGUGCCCAGUACUCCAUGUUUCAGGCCGCACCACCAGCCAAGAUGAUGGAAGAUGGCAAAAUCCACACUGUUGAGCACAUCAUCAACCCCAUAGCUGUCCAGCAGGACCCAGCUAGUGCAGCAGCUGCCGCAGCAGCCGCAGCCGCAGCUGUAAUACCAGCUGUGUCAACGCCUCCUCCCUUCCAGGGCCGCCCCAUCACACCGGUGUACACCAUGACUCCCAGCGUGCAGCGGAUCCCUGCCGCCGGCAUUUACGGGACAAGUUACGUGCCCUUUGCGGCGCCGGCGGCGGCCACAGCGACAAUAGCCACGCUACAGAAGAACGCUGCCGCCGCCGCGGCCUACGGCGGGUACGCCGGCUACAUCCCGCCAGCAUUCCCGGCCGCCGCCAUCCAGGUGCCCAUCCACGACGUCUACCAGACGUACUGAAACUGUCGGCAGAGGAGGGUGCUGGAGAAACACACACUGAAGGAAUACUUUACUAUUUAUGAAGAAAGAACUGUCUGCGAAAGAGUAAACGUUUGGGCUUGGUAAAACAAUGCAGAAAGUGAAGAAUGUCAUAGAAAAACGUGUUUGAAAUAUUUUCUAUGCUUGAAGUUUUCACUAACUUUUUUAGGCUAUUUUUAAAAAUUUAACAUGCCUGUAUUCAUACAUUUCCAAAGGAC